AUGUCACCGACAAGAGCACACCUGCAAGCUUCUGCAGAGGCUCUCUGUUCUGCCUUUGCGGCGAAAGCAGACUUGGAAACCCUUCUUUCUCACUUCUCGACCACUCAUCAGGUAUCUGCGGUCGAGUAUGGUCUGCCGCUGCUCGCCCCCUUCCUGGGGCGACGCUUCACAGGUCUCGGCGGUCCUGAGUCCAUCUCUACUUAUUUCUCGCUUCUCACACAAUAUCUUACCUAUGAAGACAUGAGCUUCGGGGAGUGGGUCGUUGACACAGAGGCGCGGAAGGUGUGUGUCAAGGGCCGCGCCAAAUUCACAUGGACCGAGGGUGCUGGUAAGGGCCAGUCCUGGGAUGAGCGGUUCGUCUACGUGUUGGACUUUGACCAAGAAGGCAAAGUCACCGACUACCAAGUCUGGGCGGACUCAGGCGCAGCCUAUCUGGCCAGACGCGGUGAAUUGGCAGACAAAGCCCAGGAGUUUCAGAUGUCCUAUUAA